CGCGUUUCUUGCCCCCCUUCCCCUUUGGGUCUCGGGCGCGGGGGAGGCUCCGCCGACCUGCUGCUGGCCGGGAACCGCUAUGGCUGCGACCCUGGGCAGCGGGGAACGCUGGACAGAAGCCUACAUUGAUGCGAUUAGAAGAAACAAAUACUCAGAAGACAGAUCUUCUGAAAGUCAUGACCCCUGUGGUUGCUGUAACUGCAUGAAAUCACAAAAGGAAAAGAAAUCUGAGAAUGAGUGGAGUCAGACCUGGCAGGGAGAGGCAACCACCACUUACACGGAGGAGCAGCUGCUCGGGGUACAAAGGAUCAAGAGAUGCAGAAAUUACUAUGAAAUUCUGGGAGUUCCACGGGAUGCCAGUGACGAAGAGCUUAAGAAAGCGUACCGCAAACUUGCCCUGAAAUUUCAUCCCGACAAGAACUGUGCUCCUGGAGCGACAGAAGCUUUCAAAGCGAUAGGAAAUGCCUUUGCUGUCCUGAGCAAUCCUGACAAGAGGCUUCGCUAUGACGAGUAUGGUGAUGAGCAGGUGACUUUCACUGCCCCUCGAGCCCGACCACACAAUUAUUACAGGGACUUUGAAGCUGACAUUACUCCAGAAGAGCUGUUCAAUGUCUUUUUUGGAGGACGUUUUCCUACAGGAAAUAUUCAUAUGUUCUCAUACAUGACAGAUGACACACACUAUUGUCACCAGUGGCACCGACACGAGAAGGUGCCAACCCGGAAGGAAGAGGAAGAAGAUAAACCUCAGACUACAUAUUCUGCAUUUAUUCAAGUACUUCCAGUUCUGGUGAUUAUUGUUAUAUCUGUUAUUACCCAACUGUCAGCUGCUAAUCCUCCAUAUAGUCUAUUCUAUAAAUCGAACUUGGGCUACACCAUUUCUAAAGAAACCCAGAACUUGCAGGUGCCUUACUUUGUGGAUAAAAACUUUGACAAGACCUACCGGGGCUCAGCUCUGCAUGACCUGGAGAAAGCUAUAGAGAAGGAUUAUAUUGAUUACAUCCAAACAAGCUGUUGGAAGGAGAAACAACAAAGAUGAGAAUGCACGUGGCUGUGAGGGAUGGUUGAAAAGCUUCAUCACAAAGGACUCUACAGCAAGAAGAGAUCCAGAUCCCCACAUUGGCAACCCUAGUUUUCAUCUGCUCAAACAAGAACACUAGGAACUUUCUGGAUGAGCUCCAGGCCUCAGGGCUUGGGAGAAAGAGUGGUAAGAAAAAUGUCAUUGCUAUGCUUUCUGCUGGACUCUACUAAAAAUGACACUAAACUACAAAGCCCAAGGGACCAUGGGACCCAGCAGCCUGGCAGUGUGUGUCCUCAUUU